AUGGCCAACAAGAGAAUCGUUACCGAACUCGGCCAAGUGUCGAACAACCCUGUGCCGGGCACUCAGGUGCAGCUGGCCGAGGAGGGCAAUGUCUUUCUCUGGGAAGUCAUCAUGCAGGGCCCUGAGGAUUCUGUCUACGCCGUGUGUAACCCCACGAUCUCUACUCCAAUGUCUCACAAUUCUGACCUGUUCACANNGAACGGCAAGUUCAAGAUCGAAGUCUCCCUGCCCAAGGAAUACCCCUUCAAACCACCCACCGUCUCGUUCAAGACCAAAAUCUACCACCCCAACGUCAGCAACGACGACAAGGGCAGCAUGUGCCUCGGCAUGCUUCGCUCCGACCAGUGGAAGCCACCAAACAAGAUUCGCGACGUUCUGAUCCUCGUCCGCCAAAUCCUCUCUGCCCCUCAACCUGAUGAUGCCGUCGAAAGUAGAAUUGCCGACGAGUACAAGAAUCACCCAGAGACCUUCAAGAAGAACGCAAAGGACUUUGUCGCAAAGUACUGCAAGUAG